AUGAAGUAUCCACUUCUGUUAAUAGGAAGCCUGAGCUUGGCCCACGGUCUGGCCUUGUACUAUCCGUACGUAUACACCGCCGAGGGAUCCGCCGUUUUCACGCCCACUCAGCAGCAGUAUAUCGCCCAGGAUCAGUUGGGUCAGUACUCGUAUGGCUAUGCGGAACCUUUGUCCAGCAAGCAGGAGACCCGCACCAUUGACGGAGUCACCCAAGGAACCUAUAGCUACCGAGAUGCACUUGGAAAAAAGCAAACGGUUAACUAUGUGGCCGAUGCCAAUGGUUUCCAUGUUGCUGCCACUAAUCUGCCAAAGGCCGUAGUUCCCCAGGAAUCUCUAGGAUUUAGUCCUAGGAGUGCAUCGCAUCCCGUGGAACAUAGUGUUGAGCAUCCCGCAGUGGUCUCGCAUCCUGUGGUCCCACAUCCUGUUGGUCAUCAUCCCGUUGAAGCCCCACAUCAUCCCACCGUUGUGGAGACCGGCCGAAGUGCUCACCCAGAAGGACACCACCCGGUGGAACAUCACGAGCAUUCAGUCGUUGACUCUUCCGUAUCCGGUCAUUCCCAGUUGCCUCACCCCGUCUCCGAUACUGUAGAAGUCGCAGCAGUAAAGUCUCUUCACCUAAAACGUGUCGAGGAUGAAGCGGUGCGCAACCAGGUGCUGGCCAAGGUUUCUGUACCAUUGGCUCGUAGUCAUCAUGUCGUGGUUCCAGCGCCUGUCUACGGCUACACCAUGCAGUUCCUUAAUCUUUGCCUGAUUUUUAUCACCAUUGCUAUGGCUGCCGGAUCACCGACCUUGGAGUACGGAGCCCCACCUAGUUCGGAUACGAUCAGCCAGUAUCACACCCAGGAUGAACAUGGUCAGUAUGCUUAUGGUUAUAUGGCACCUCUGUACUCCAAGCACGAGACACGCACCUUGGAUGGAGUAGUCCGGGGCACCUUUUCCCAUGUGGAUGCCAAUGGCGAAACCCAGACUGUGGACUAUGUGGCCGAUGCCGAAGGCUUCCACGUUACCUCCGCUUUGCCAAAUCAGCAGCCCAACCAGGAAACCCCAGAGGUGGCCGCUCUGCGUGCUCAGCAUCUGGAAGCUCAUAACCAGGCCAAGUUGAGGUUAGCCGGAGAUACUUCCGUUGGUCCACAGCCUGUUCAGGAUACCCCCGAGGUAGCUUCCGCCAAAGUUGCAUUCUUCAAGCGUUUCGAAGCCGAGAAGCUGCGCAAUCAAUUGCUCGCCGAGAAGAAGGUCCUGGUGAUAGCACCUCCAUCUCCCAUCGCCGUUCGUUCCCAGCCGCUUUAUGUCUAUCAGCCAACCACAGGAUUUGUCUACAACUUCCACUCCAAGUCCACGCCUCAAGUUCCCUCUAGGAACUACCUGCCAGUGGCCUAA